CACAGCUCUGUGUCUUACGGAAUGGAUCCACGUUAGGUCUGCAUCCUCCUCUGAGCACUACUAUGACCCUUUACUGAUGUUUUAACGUCUAGAUCUGGGCUGUCCUGGACUGGGGUCAUGGCUUUGAAGCUGGUCAACAGACUUCCCAUGCUGGGGAGGUUCGGGAUUCCUCGGUGCACUUUUAUCAGUCCUGUUCGUCCCUCCACCAGGCUCAGUCCAGGUCUUCCCGUCUGUGUAGCCUGUCUCUGUACCUCAUCCAGCCACUGCAUCCGAAGCCACGGCUGUCGACAGCUCAAGCCAGACUGCUGGAAAAGAAACCUGACCACCACCAUAGUCCGGGAACCGACCUUUGUUGGCAGCAAUUCUGUUGGACUCCACAAAGAUUCGUUCCCUCGGUUCCGUCUGACCCAGCUGCACAGACCCACAGCCACAGAGGAGGAGGUUUUCCAUCGGCAUCUGAACAGCUGCUCAUCGUCCAGGCAGGUGCUCAGACUCCUGCGGACAGUAGAGAUCAUGUCUGACACCAUGGCUGCUGCUGUGCUUCACUGUGUGGCCGAUCUGGAGCAGGAUGGUCACUCUCUAAAGGACCCCUCAGUCCUGGAGAACGUCACCAUCAGAGCCCUGUGCCUUCAGCUGGAGGAGGACUCCGGGCGGCUGACAGAUGGUGGUCUGGUAUCAGCUCUUCUAGCCUGCACCCGCCUUUACUUGGAUCCCUGGAGCACCCUGAUGGUGCGGCUGGUGUCUGAGAGUCAGGAAAGGUUGGACAAGGGAGAGAUGACUGUGGAGCAGCUGUGUAUCCUGGGACAGGCGAUGCUGGCUAUAGAGGGUCCUGGUUCUGUGAUGCUGGAGCAGGUAAUGUCACAAAUCCAAAGACAGGAGCCUGCUCAGUGGAGCCUUGAAGACCUCAGUGCUGUUUAUAGACUUCUGCAAAGUGGUGGAGGUCUAGAUGGAAAGUACUGUGACCUGCUGAACGCCAUGCACACCCACGCUGUGACAGUCACCUCCCGUAUGAAUCCUACUGUGGUUAGUGAGCUGCUCAGUGUCCUUGUGAGCUUAAAUCAGACUCAGGCUAUGCCACUUGUGAUCAAUCUAUGCAAGCAGGCAGUACGACACGUACCUCACUUUACUGAUGAGGAGCUCACCCUUGUGCUAGGUGCACUCAUGCACUUUGGUCACAGUGAUCAUUACUUUGUGCAGGCAAUGGAGAGGUAUGUACCCACAGUAGCCUUCACAUCCCACCCAGAGACUGUUACCAAGGUGAUGCAGUUCUUUAGUCGGAGGAACAUCUUAUCGCCUUUGGUGUUUGACUCUGUGGCUGAGAGCUUUGUGUACCGGGCGGAUGAGUACAACACCAGCCAGGUGGCCAGGCAGAUCAUGGCUUAUGGGAAGCUGGGCUACCUCCCACCCAAUGCUGGCGAUGUGUUCAGGAAAGUUGAAACAACCCUGCAAAAACGCUUUUCACAUUUCCAGCCUCGGACAUUGAUCAACCUGCUUCACUCCUGCAUCCUCGUUGAGAGGUUUCCUGUGAAUUUUGUCUCCAAAGUUUUUGGAAGUUAUUUUCUUCAGCAAUUGCAAGAGCAGGACACUGGAAUGGACCGAUAUGUUCUGUCACAGCUGACUCAGCUUUACAUAACUGUAAAGUUGGAGUGUCCUUUCUAUGAGGGGCCCCGGCUCCUCCCCAGGUACCGCGUUAAGUCCUUCCUCACACCUGGACGCUCCCUGGAGACGCCUGUGGACACACAUCUGUACAACUCGGUGAAAAAUGGACUGUUGAAUUUACUCGGUGCUCGAUCGUACUUUGGAUCCAAGGUUUUGACGCCGUACUGCUACACAAUCGACAUGGAGAUAAAAGUGGAUGAAGACGGGUAUGUGCUGCCUGCCAGUUAUAACGACGACGUAUACAAGAGGAUAGCACUUUGUAUCGAUGGACAAAAGAGGUUCACUACAAACACAAGGCAGCUACUCGGAAAAGAGGCCACUAAGCAACGACAUCUGAGGCUUCUGGGAUAUGAAGUUGUUCAGAUUCCUUUCUAUGAAUUUGAAAAAUUACAAACCAAGGCCAGUGUGGUGGAAUACCUGCACCAGAAGAUCUUCCCUCACAGUUACAGACUGAGCUGGUGAUUUAAUGACAGAAGAAAUAACAUGAUAGAAGUGAAAUGAAGGGCUGUUUUGUUUUCUAGUUUAAAUAAAUAUUUAUUUUUGCUUAUGAGUCUUUGCCAAAUGAAUGUGUUUUAGGUCACUGAUUAAGCACGAAUACAUUUGUACAUUGAAAUGGGUUUUAUUUAUGUAUCACACUAAUUGAAGAUUGUCAAAAAAUAUAGUUUAUUUUGUUCUUGGCAACACCGUGCUGCAGAGAAUGUACAAAGUUAAGAGACCAAUCUAACAAUCACCACAGAUACAUAUGAAAUAAUAAACUUUAAGCUUGAUAUGUUAAAGUUUCCAUCAAUCAUUGGACAGAAGAUGCUUUGGUUUUUCAUUGAGCUCUACAAGGCUGGGAGUGUCAGUUCGAUAAAUACAAAAGGCUAUCAUACAUGUAAAACUCAAUGCUGUUGAGUGUUUAGGUUCUUUAUGUAGCGGGGAUCUGGGGAAGACCAAACUCGUCGACCAGAACACCAUCCUGAAACACAAAACACCAAAAUUAAACCAGAACUAAAGUCAAACUCCAAUAUUCAAAAAAACCC